AACGGUCACACCUCGCUGCACUUUCUAAUCAGAAAGUUAGCCGUUUUUACUUGGAAGAUAACCCGCCUUGAAGAGAUUAUAGAAUUAUAAUCUCUCUCCACAUGGAACUGAGCUGGGAGAUAGUGCUCUGCGUGGCCAUUGCGGUGCUGGUUCACGUUGCGGUCUACCUAUUCGUCAUGGGCAAGCGGGAGAGGAGCAUUGUGGGUCGUCAUGUGGUGGUCACCGGCGGAUCCAAGGGAAUCGGUCUCUGCCUGGCGGUGGAAUGCGCCAUGAAGGGCGCCAAUGUGACGGUGAUAGCGCGCGACGAGAAAAUGCUGAGCGGAGCCGUGGCCCUGAUGGAGGUGAUCCGCCAGCGACCGGAUCAGAAGUUCCAGUACCGCAGCCUGGACAUUGGCGGCGACUAUGAGCAGGUCGCCCGAGUGCUGGGCGAGAUCGAGGAGAGCUUUGGUCCCAUCUACACGCUCAUUAACUGCGCUGGGAUGGCCAUUUGUGGGGUGUUUGAAGAGGUUUCUGUUCAAGAUGUCCACAAACUGAUGAACGUCAACUUCUUUGGCACCUACAACUGCACCCGGUAUGUCCUGCCCAAGAUGAAGAAGGCAGGCGAGGGCAUUGUUGUGAUCACUGCCUCCCAGGCGGCCAUGUUUGGGAUCUAUGGCUACGGACCCUAUUCGGCCACCAAGUACGCCUUGAGGGCGAUGGCCGAGACGAUAGCCAUGGAGUCCAGGGAGCACGGUGUUAGUGUUACCUUGGCCAUGCCCUGCGAUACGAAUACGCCGGGAUUCGAGGAGGAAGAGAAAUCCAAGCCAAGGGAAACGAAAAUCAUAUCGGGCGGUGGAGGAUUAAUAGAACCAGAAGUUAUGGCCAAAGCUAUACUCAAGGAUGCCUUGAAGGGCAACUUCACCUCAACGGUGGGAGCCGAAAGCUGGCUAAUCACCACUUUGGGUGGAGCAUUGCUCCCCUGGGACGGCUUCUUCACCAAUCUCCUGCACGCCAUCGUUUUGGGACCCUUGCGAUUGGUUAGCUAUGGUCUGCACAAGUACUUUAACAGUAUCAUUCGCAAAUGCGCUCGAGAGGAUAAAGCUAAGGCUCAAUCCGAAGUAGAGGCCAAGUGAAAUGUGUCGUUGCCUCUUUAGUAUUCCAAGUGCCCAGUAUAUUAAAUCACUUUUUCAUUGUUAAGCACAAAGUGCGAUCAUUUUGCACGUAAGCCGGCUAUUCCAAAUAUUCACAUGAUCCGUAUUUAUCAGCCAUUUUAUAUAUUUUUUAUAUUUGUAAUAGAGCCCUGCAUGAAUGGAUUCAAUGAAUU